AACCUUCUCAUAACAGCCUGGUCGACUCACACGUGAGAGAACUACAUUUCCCAUGACUCUUUGCUAGCGAGAGACACGAACGGCUUUCUGAAGUUAAGAAAACAGCAGCUGUAGACUGGAGAUUAAGCGCACGCACACCACAGCGGCGCUGCAGUCUGAAGGUGGAGGCUGGGAUGUUCCUGCUUGCUGCCUCUCUCUGUUCCUGAUUCUUCUGCUCUCAGACAGACAGACAGACAGACAGAUAGAGAGACAGAGAGAGAGAGUGCACAAUUCUCCUGCAAGGGAAGCAGAAACAAGGGAACGUUGGAAAGACAACUGAAGAAGAGACGGCGACACAGAGUGCUCUCAGGAUGCGUGUCCCAGGGCAGCUAUACCUCACCUACCUGCUGGCUCUGUGCCUGGGUUUGCUCUGCAUGGUUUUCGUGGCGUACUGGAAUGCGACGUGGCGCGGUGGCUUUGCCUGGGACGGCUCAGCGAAGCAGUUUAACUGGCACCCAGUGCUCAUGGUGGCUGGGCUGACUGUGCUGUAUGGGAGCGCGGCAGUGCUGUACCGGCUCCCUCUCACCUGGGGAGGCUCCAAGCUGCCCUGGAAGCUGCUCCACGCCGGCCUCACUCUGCUGUCUUUCCUGCUGGCUGUGCUGGGGCUCUUCGCUGUCUUCAACUUCCACAACAAGGGCAACACCCCUAACUUGUACUCCCUGCACAGCUGGAUCGGCAUCAGCACUGUGGCCCUGUUCACAGGACAGUGGCUGCUGGGCCUGGCCUCCUUCCUGCUGCCCUGCACCCCACUGGAGCUCCGCCGACGCGCCAAGCCGCUGCACGUGUGGCUGGGCAGCGGCAUCUUCAUCCUGGGCAUCGCAGCCUCCAUCUCGGGCAUCAACGAGAAGCUCAUAUUCUCCCUGAAGGGUCUCAAUGGGACGGCACAGUAUUCAGCCCUGCCACAGGAGGCGCAGUUUGCAAACAUGCUGGGGGUCCUGAUAGUUGCCUUCGGAUUGACUGUGCUGAGGAUCCUGUCCAAUCAGGCGUGGCAGAGACCGGAGGGGGAGAACAGUGAGGUCACACAGCCGCUGCUGCAGGACUGAGGAGAGCAAGCGAGUGAGAGAGACGCCGCCUCCUCUUCCACACACAAGCUUGUCUGCGUUUCACCUUCACGCUGAUUCACUGGGUUUCUUUAGAUUCAAAAGAAAAACGUCUUUAUGUCUGUAUUUGUUUCAUUCGGGUUGUGUUCUGUUUGUAGAGAUUUAAAGAAAAUAAUAAUGUUUAAUAAAUGAUUUUCUCCA